GUGUGAAAAAAACCGUUCUAUACACGAAAUACGCUCUUUAUCCUCCUUAUCAGAGAUGCCACAGCAGAUCACCGAUUAUCAUGCAGCUAUUCAACGCUACUCUGGGGUCACCAAGCUAAGCCACUACGACUCUUGCGGUGAAAUACUCUCUAGCAGUACAGGCUGCUCUUUACCCCAGCCCAAGAAGGAUGGGAGUAUGGACAAACCAAAGAAAUUCCCAAGGCUUUGGGUAGCUGCAUCGCUCGCUAUCGAUACAAUGAUUCCGCAUUUCCCCGUUUCAGGAGGGCCUAUCCCCUGGGUUCUUGGAUCAAUCAUCGCUGUGACUGGAAUUGGUUCCGUAGUAUUGGGGUUUGAGGCUCUUCUAAACCCAACUCUUCAAGAAUCUGGAAUAGUGACAAUGAAUGUGAAUCUUGGGGCUCUUGUACCAACUCAGGUUCCCCAUCUAGCAAGGAAUAUGCCUCAGAUGAUCCCAGACGAACUUGAGACGGUUGCAGGAAGUAUGCCUACUAUUAUUAACAGUGGAGUGGGAAGUGUAGCUACUGCGAUCCAAAGUAAAGCGACGACAGUGAUCCAGGGUGCCAAUAGCGCACUUAGAAAUAUCUCCCUUGGAACUAGGAAGAUCUGUUUGAAUGGGUCUCCUAAUUGUAAAGCUUUGCCGUUCGACAUCUCUUCCGCACUACCCCCAGGGGCAUCGGAUGUUCUGGGUGAUACCCUUAAAAUGUUUCAGAGCCUUGAGACUACUAUUUUUGGAACUCUUCGCAACUCUCUCAUCGCCGGGGUUACGCUGGUGGUUUGCUUUAGUAUUGGCUUUGGAUUGACUCUUUGGUUGCUGAGAUGCUUGUUCACUCCGUGGAGACGUGCGGCCAUCACCCUUGUCGGGUUUAGUUGCCUUGUAAUACCACCACUUGUAUCGAUGGUGACCGUCUCGUUACUUCAGUCGCGUGUUGAAGAGUCAGUCUCCCACAAUACGGUAUUCUCUAUCCAGAAAGGUGAUGCGAGGAAAUAUUGCGUAGGGGCGUUUUUCGGGGCACGACUUGGGCAGAUAAACAUCAAAGGCGGACAAUUCGAACACUGGCUGAACUACGGACGAAAACAAUGUAGAGAUUUAAACGGCGGGGAUGAAUCGUGCCUAUAG